AACAAAAUAAAGAGAACCUCGAUAGCACAUCAUCAAAACCGAAAACUCCAGUUGAAAUAGAUGACUCGAUUGAUUUCGUAGACACUUAUCACGCAAUGGAAUCUCUGUUAGAGUCAGGAAAAGUUAAGGCUAUUGGUGUUGCAAAUUUUGGAAUAAAACGAUUAGAAAAGUUAUUGAAGAAGGCGAAAAUUCCACCAGCUGUAAAUCAAGUUGAAAUGCAUCCCUAUCUUCCUCAAGAUGACCUCUUAAAAUUCUGCAACUCAAAAAAAAUUCAUGUAACUGCAUAUUCACCGUUUGGUGUUGCCGGUUCAGCAUUAAGGACGGAUGAAGUCAUUAACCAAAUCGCAAAGAAAAACGAGAAGACCAUACAGCAAGUGCUUUCCUCAUGGGCUGUAAAACGUGGCACUUCAGUUGUCGCCGCGGGAAUAAAUAAUUCUUUAGCGGAAAAGGUCUAUCAAGAUUUUGCGCUUUCUGAUGAAGAUUUCACAAAGAUAAACAAGUUGAGCGAGUCAAAACAAGAAAGAUAUAUCACUCGUAAAAAUUGGGACUUUGAAUGGGAUUAG